AUGUCCGUCCCACUUGGCGCAAUCAUGGUUAGUUUGGCCAUCGGCAGUUUAUGGGAUCAAGCCAAUGAAGAUGAGCUUGACCCUGUUUCUAAUGAUGAUCAGCCCAUUUCAUCACCUCAGUUGGCUAUACCAAGGGCUCACGGGGAAAUAGGCUCCACAGCCGACAACCCAGUCGGCUCAUCGCGUAGCCCCAUUCGGCAAGCUGCCGACUCAUUCCUCAUAAACGUAUAG